CCCUGAUCUCUGUGUCCAUGGGCCCAUUGGCUCCUGUGGGUCUCCACUCCACGUCCAGCCCCUGAUGAGUGUCCAUUGGUGUUGUCACGCGCCGUCCCUCCUCCCACUCCAUGCUUCGCCCUGCCCAUGUUUUGUGUGUCCGUGUCCAUCCAUCUCCUGACGUUCAAGUUCGCCGGGACGUCACGUCCGCACUUGAACUUCAGCUCAGGGGGGCUUUUGCCAUUUUUUCAUCUCUCUCUCUGCUCUCAGAAAAGCCAUGACGGCCGUCCCGCGAUCCGUCUCCCGCGCGCCAUCUUUGUGUGAUUUCUGACGUGCGGCGGGUGUCAAAGGCGCCCAUGAAGACCCUUCCUCCGGAGUGCCCCCGCAGCCCGGCGUUCCCGAUGUGAACCGCCCGCCGCCCGCCGACCGCCGACCACCAUGUCCCGCCGCAAGCAAGGCAAGCCGCAGCACCUGAGCGCGCGCGGCUUUUCGCCCGAGCCCCUGGCCGCGGUUCUUCCCGAGGAGCAGCUGGUGCAGCGAGGGCUGGAGCAGGACCUCCUCACCUGUGGCCAGUGUCAGAUGAACUUCCCUCUGGGGGAUAUUCUGGUUUUUAUCGAGCACAAGCGGAAGCGGUGCGGCAACGGCGGCCUGUGCUUGGACAAGUUGGCGGACGGGCCACCGUCGCCCCCCGUGCCGCCGCCGCCACACACACACCCGCAGGGCUCCCUGCGCCGGCCGUCCAACCCCGUGGAGGUGGGCGUCCAGGUCACUCCAGAGGACGACGACUGUUUGUCCACUUCCUCCCGAGGAAUUUGUCCCAAGCAGGAAAACGUAGCAGGUAGAGACGAACCGAGCAGCUACACCUGCACCACUUGCAAGCAGCCCUUCGGCAGCGCCUGGUUCCUGCUGCAGCACGCCCAGAACACGCACGGCUUCCGCAUCUACCUGGAGGGCGACCGCGGCAGCCCCCUCACGCCACGAGUGGCCGUCCCGCCGGCCAUGGGUGCUGACUGCACCUCCCAGCCGCCAUUGCACGGCCUCCACCUGCCCGAGGGCGGUCCCUUCAGCCUGCUGCGGAUCCCCGGCUCCGUGUCUGGGCGCGAAGCCCCGCCCCUGAGGGACGGCCGCUUCCCUCCCACGCCGCCCCUGUUUAGCCCCCCGCCGCGACACCACCUGGACCCGCAGCGCAUCGAGCACCUGAGCGCCGAGGACCUGGCCCUGGCCUCCGCCCACCACCCGAGUGCCUUCGACAGGGUGCUGCGCCUGAAUCCCCUGCCCCUGGACCCGCCCCCUGCCAUGGACUUCUCGAGGCGGUUGCGGGAGCUGGCCGGCAACACCUCGGGUUCGACGCCGCCCCUGUCGCCGAGCCGCCCCAGCCCCAUGCAAAGGCUGCUGCAGCCCUUCCAGCCCGGGGCCAAGCCACCCUUCCUGGCCACGCCGCCGCCGCCCAGCAGCCAGUCGCCAUCGGGCUCCCAGUCGGCCCCCGGCCAGCCCCCCGCCCAGUCGCAGGGCACGCCCAUGAAGACCAAGUCCUGCGAGUUCUGCGGCAAGGCCUUCAAGUUCCAGAGCAACCUGAUCGUGCAUCGGCGCAGCCACACGGGGGAGAAGCCGUACAAGUGCCACCUGUGCGACCACGCGUGCACCCAGGCGAGCAAGCUGAAGCGUCACAUGAAGACGCACAUCCACAAGGCCUCGCCCGGGACCGUCAAGUCGGACGACGGCUUGUCCGCCACGAGCUCCCCGGAGCCGGGCACCAGCGAGCUGGUGGGCAGCGCUAGCAACGCCCUCAAGUCCGUGGUGGCCAAGUUCAAGAGCGAGAACGGCGACGACGAGGACGAGGAGGAGCAGGACGAGGAGGAAGAGGAGGAGGAAGAGGAGGAGGAGGAGGAGGAGGAGGAGGUAGAAGGGGAAGAGGAGGAACUGGAGAGCAACGGUGGCCGGAACAGCUACCACUUCGGGCUGAAUCUGGAGGCGGCGCGGCACCACGAGAACAACGGCGGGCGGCUGGCCGAGGACGGCAUCCCACGCUCGCUGCCCGAGGUGAUGCAGGGCUUGGGGCUGGCGGCCAGCAUGCAGCACUACGGCGAGUCCUUCCGGCAGCACAAGCGCGGCGCGCUCGGUUCCGACAGCGAGCCGCACCGCGACCUGUGCGACGACGACUCGGCCCUCGAGUCGGACCGCGUGGACGAGGGCUGCGGCUCGGCCGUCAACGGCAGGGGCUCGUCGCCGAGCGAGUCGCCCUCCGUGGGCCUGUCCAAGAAGCUGCUGCUGGGCAGCCCCAGCUCGCUGAGCCCCUUCUCCAAGCGCAUCAAGCUUGAGAAAGACUUCGACCUCCCCACGCCCACCCUCCCCAGCACGGAGAACGUGUACUCGCAGUGGCUCGCCGGCUACGCGGCGUCCCGCCAGCUCAAGGAUCCCUUCCUGAACUUCGGGGAGUCCAGACAAUCGCCUUUCACCUCGUCCUCGGAGCACUCGUCGGACAACGGCAGCCUGCGCUUCUCGACGCCGCCCGGGGAGCUGGACGGGGGCGUGUCGGGCCGCAGCGGCACGGGCAGCGGGGGCAGCACGCCCCACCUGGGCCCCGGCCGGCCCAGCUCCAAGGACGGCCGCCGCAGCGACACGUGCGAGUUCUGCGGGAAGGUGUUCAAGAACUGCAGCAACCUGACGGUGCACCGGCGCAGCCACACGGGCGAGCGGCCCUACAAGUGCGAGCUGUGCAGCUACGCCUGUGCCCAGAGCAGCAAGCUCACGCGCCACAUGAAGACGCACGGCCAGGUGGGCAAGGACGUGUACAAAUGUGAAAUCUGCCAGAUGCCUUUUAGCGUGUACAGCACCCUGGAGAAACACAUGAAGAAGUGGCACAGCGAGCGAACCUUGAGUAGCGACAUUAAGACUGAGUAGGCGGCGCGGCGCGUCGAGCCGAGCCGCUUCUCGCGGGACUGUCCCCCUGUAGAUUCCCCCCCCCGGGCCCCAGCACACACCCGCUGACCGUCAAAUGCAUGAUCUGUUCCGGGCAAUACUCUCGCGUCGGCGCAAACUAGGAGCCUUUCUCUCGUGCAAUAAUUUCACGUCGCGUGCUUUUCUUCUGUUUCCCUCCUUCUUUUUUUAAUAAUUAGACAGCAUGCAUGGUAUGUUUUGGCAAAUUUUUAAAGAGAAAUUGUCCCUGGUUGGUUAGUUGUUGAGUAAAUGUAUCGCUGUUUUUCUUGUUACGUUUUAUUUAAAAAAAAGAAAAAAACUGAAAAAAAGAAGAAAGAAGAAAGAAGACAUCGACCAUGCUGCAUCCAGUCUGUAAUACAUAUCAUGUACAGUUUUGUGUUGUAACAUGGAGAAAAAAACUGUCUUUUGCUUAAACCCUCCUUCCUCCGGUGGGCUGAGAGUCGCACUUAAAUCAAUCUUUCAAAAAGAUUUUGGGUCCGUUUGGGGCUGGAAACGUCAAUUGGCUUCGAUGAGAAAACGUACAGUGUUAAUAGCCAUUGAAUUUCUUUAAAAAAGAAAAUGAUUAAAACCUGAAUUUGUACUGAAUCUGGUUUAAAAAAAAAAAAAACAUAAAAAAACAAAAAAAAAAAAAAACUGACACUAAAAGAGUGCCUUGGAUGUUGACACUGCAUUGGUGAACCUUCCUGUGUGCUGCGAAAGCUGAGCUCCGCGCUGCAGACAGGUGUGAUCGAGCGGACCGGACCGGACCGGACCGGAGCCGCUCGACGGGUCCUUGCAUCAAGAACCUACCUGACAGAGUCACUGGGACAUGGCAAAACAAUGUCAUUAUGAAGCAAAGGAAAUUUCCUGUUAAUCCUCAUUUCGCUACCUAUAGUGACUAGUUGUGUUGUGGGGUUUGACCCCCUCUUGUCCUGGUUCCUCGUGGUACGGCGCACAGCGGUAUCCCCAGCUCUCGACACUUUGAUUUCAGGGUAAAUGCUGUAAAUGUUCUCGCUCUGGUCGCCGCAGAGUUGCCCCAGCGGUCCCUUGCACACCUGAGGGCCACGCGGUCCCGGUGAGCGCAGCGCAACGGGGAGGAGGUGAAGGUCUCCUCUUACGGCCUCGUCGGGCUCCGUGCCGCUGAUGACCGACUACGAAUUGCCCGCAGUAGGACGAGUGAAGGGUGGAGCCGUGAGAAAAGACGAAACGUCGGAGAGGCGUUUUCUCCACGGAAGGUCUCCGCGUGCUCCGACGCGUCGCCUGCCGCUCGGCCCGGCGUGACCCGUGCCCCAGGUCGCCGGUUCGCGGUUGAGCGCGGAACCGCUCGCGUACGGGACCGAAGUGCACUGCUCCAUUUUCCCAGUUUACAGGUUUACACUUAAGGGAAAACUCGUCGUGAUUCUGGUAAACGAACGCCGAGUCGCCGCUUUCUGCCGACGGGAGAUCGCCCAACGAAUUAGUCGCCGAGCCUUUCCCACAAUGCCGAGCGGCCCGUGCCGCACAACUUCCCCGUUAGAGAACGAAUGAUCGAGAAAACUUGCUGCUUAACAGUGCAAGAAUUUUUUGUACAAUUUUUUAAAAAAUAUAAAUAUGAAUGACUUUUUAAAAGUAACACUUCAUUAUGUCCAGGGGAAAUGCUUUUUCAGUUGGUUCUUCUUUCUCUUUCCUCUGUCGAAGUGGUGUUCAGGACUUGAUCACAAUAUGUGUAAAAUGGAUGAAAAACAUCUGUGACUUUGUUGCCUUGGCAAUUCACAGCUCUUCAGGUUGACACAAGUUGCGCUGGGGAAAGGGUUAAGAAUAUAUAUAAAUAUAAUAUAGAGAAUAUAGGAAAAUGCACACUCAUGUCGGUUCCUAUGCGAAAAACACAUUUACGCUCUACUUUUUUCUGUAUUUCUAGAAUGGUAUUUGAAUUAAAUGUUCACCUAGUGUAGGGACUAUAGUAUUUAUAUUGAGCCUUGUAUUUUUAACUGUUGCUUGUUCUCUCAAAGGUAUCGAUGUACCUUUUUUUGGUAGUGGGGAAAAAAAACAACAAGCUGCCACGGUAUAUUUUUUUAAUUUGGCAGGAUAAUAUAGUGCAAAUUAUUUGUAUGUUUAAAAAGAAAAGGAGAAAAGAGGAAGAUUGACUUGUGGAAGAGCUGUGCGGCGUCGUACAGACGAGGGGCCAUGAGAUGGCCUUUCCGCGGCCGGCCGGCCGGGGGUUGUACAUAUCCGUCUCCCUCGCCCCCCCCCCCCCCA